AUGGCUAAUAAUCGAGAACAAAUAGAAAAAGAAACUAUCGAACAAAGUGCAUCUAGAAAAUGGUUUGAAUGUAGAAGGAAUAUUAUAACAGCGUUAAAUUUCGGUCGCAUAAUUUGCUUACGUGAAGAUACUGGAUGUGAGGGAGUUUUAAAAAGUAUACUAUAUUCUCCUGAUCUUAAUACAAAAUUCAUGGAAUAUGGCUGGGAACAUGAACAGACAGCAAGAUUAGCAUUAGAAAAAUUGUUGGAUGUUAAAAUUUAUGAAAGUGCUACCGUUCAAAAAUGUCGAAAAAUUCAAGAAGAACUAGCGUUUCUUAAUAAUCGAGCAACUAUUAUAAAUUCAGUUAAACCAUUAAAUGAAUCGGUUUUUAAUGCAAAUAAUGUAUUAAAAAGUUCAUCUAUUCCAUCUUCUACCUUAACAAAAUCAAAUGUUUUAGAUGAAAACUAUAUUGUUGACAUUCAAAAUUAUCCAAAACACAAACAAAAAACAAACUGGGCAAUUAAACGUAAUGUUCCACAAAAUACAGUAAAUGAUCUUUUAUCAAUUUUAAAACAACACAAAGGUUUUGUAGAAAUUCCAAAUGAUUGUAGGGCAUUAUUAAGUUCUAGUUCAUCAAAAACAAAAAAUAUCAGGAUUGUUAAUCCUGGUAAUUAUUAUCACUUUGGCUUAAAAAAAGGAAUUGAAAAUACUUUAAAACAUGUCAGGAUUGAAGGUAACAUUAAAAUAGUUGUUAUAUUAGAUUCAUUAGAUCCAUUAGAUUAUAUGCACUUAGUGGCAUUAGGAGUUAUGAGGAAACUUAUUCGUUUUUGGUUACAUAAAGGUAUGUACUGUCCUUUGACAGUACGUUUACCAAGUUGGAAAAUCCGAAAAAUAAGUACAAAUUUAAUGUUUCUCAAAUCUGCAAUAACUUGUGAUUUUGUACGAAAACCAAGACCAAUUCAAGAUGUUGGUCAUUGGAAGGCUACCGAGCUUCAUCAGUUUUUACUUUAUACCGGACCACUUGCUUUGAAAAAUGUACUUAAUAAACAUGGCUAUUGUGUUUGGCCAAAAAAAAAAAAUAAGAAUACAAAUAAAUUAAUUGAAUCAAAACAAAAACCAAAUAAAAUUGACUAUAAUUAUUUCAAAGCAAGAUUGUUGACAAAAAAUCAUAUAGCUUCUUAUAAUGAAGUGAGAUGUAAAGCAUUAAAAGCGCAAAGCACUUCAGAUUUGUUUGCAACAGAAUUCAAAUUCAAAACUAAAAAUAAAAAGAAUUAUCAAUAUUCAAAGAAACCUUCAACUAAUGAGCCUGAAUAUAGUUCUGCACCUGAAUUUUCUGAUUCUAGUGAUGGUGUUUUUGACAACAGUGAUAAAGAUAAAUUGUAUAGUCCGGGAUGUUCAAAAAUAAUUCAAAAUAAGUUUGAUUUAAGCCCAAGUUAUAAUAAUAUUAACAUUGUUGGUAAAAACAAGGAAUUCUCUUCAAAUAAUAGAAGUAUUUUAUUUUUCAUUCAUAAGAAAAAUAUUAUUAUAGAUAAAAUGGAUAUUAUAAAUAGUCCAAGUGGAAAGUGGAAAGUUCAAUCCAAUAAUAUGUCUCCUAUAUGUAAUAAUAAAAUACUGCAAAAUGAAUAUAAAUCUCCUUUGUCUAGGCAAUUAAAUAAUGUCAAAAAAUGUUUGUUUCCUAAUAAUAAAAAUUCUAUGGAAGAAGAUAUUAUAGUAAAUGAUAAACUUUCAAUAGAUGGAUUGGAAGUUGCUGAUACUGAUUUAUGUUUAAAUAAAAUGUCUCAUCUUGCUUAUGAAUUUAAACAAUGUUAUGAUUAUACAAAAAUAUCUUUGACAAAUAUCAAAUUUGAUAUUAAAAAUGUAGUACAUACAGUAAAUGAAAUAAAAAGUAUGAUGGAACAUACUGUCAAUGUUUUGAACACCCCAGGUUCACUAAGUAAUCAAGACAACCACAACAGUUCAAAUUUAUUUAACAAAAAUAUUCCAAUUAGUAAUGUACAAACUUUUGAAAAUGUUGAAACUGAACAUGAAAAUGCUACUACAGACCAAGUAGUUAAUGAACUAUUCAGAUUAGUAGGUAGAUCUAUAUUAGACUCAGUAUGCCAUAUGGUGCAAAAAUUGCAUGAUGAUACGUGGCUGAAGUAUUAUUCUUAUAUUGGACAUAAAGAAAAAAACAAAUUGUCAUCUCUCAGUUCUUGUAAAAUUAUUUUUGAUGCAAUUAAUCUAUGCUCAAAGUUUGAAAAAGUACCAGAUAUAGAAAUCGCAUUGUCAAUUAGCAAGUGGAUGGCACAAGCAAGCAAUCGCUUAAAAAAGAAAUGUACCAAUACAGAAAACAAUUGUACACUUUAA